GAAAAUAAAUAAAAAUAAAAAAACAAACAAACAAAAAAACAAUUUUUAGUUUCGCAUUUCUUUUUAAAAUAAAACCGAUGGAUCGGCAAAAUUCCGAUGACAUCAUGAGAUUUCUCGAUGGAAUGGCUAGCUCCGACGACGUUCUCUUCGGUUUCCUCGACGAAGGAAACCAGUCUCCGGAGGAUUUCUCGGACUCCGGCAACCUCAACGGCGGCGGAGAUGAAGACGACGUCGACGACAAUACCAAUUCCAAUUCUGAAGAAAACAGAAUUUUCUGGCAAGAACAAGAACAGCUUCUCCAGGGGACACUGUACAGGACGAGUUCGAUCGAGACAAAGAUUAGACAAGCGACAAAGGAAGCAUUGAAACAAGUUAAAUCAAAGGGUCUUCAUUGUGUCUGCCGGCGACCCGUGGCCGGUGGUUGCCGGAGCUGCUUACGUGGCGAAAUCUCCAGGCAUCUCCGAGAUGUGGCCGGCUACGAUUGCUUCAUCUCCAAAUCCAAGUGGAGAAGCUCUCAAGACAUCCCCGCAGGGGAGCACGAAUACAUAGAGAUUGUGGACCGAACCUGUUCGAAGAAAGGAGAGAUGCGAGUGGUGAUCGAGUUAUCGUUUAGGGCAGAGUUUGAGAUUGCAAAAGGCGGUGAAGAGUACAAAAGACUAAUCGGCCGAUUGCCGGAGGUUUACGUCGGAAAAACGGAGAGGCUUAGAUCACUGAUCAAGAUCUUGUGCAUGGCGGGGAAGAAAUGCUUGAGAGACAAGAAAAUGCACAUGGGUCCUUGGAGAAAACACAAGUACAUGCAAGCCAAGUGGCUUGGCACGUGCGAUCGAUCCAGCUCCUUGGAAGCUGCCGUUUCCGAUACGACGGAGCCGGAGAACUGGGUGCCGGCGGUGAAGCCUAGGGUUUCUAUGUUGAACUACGAUUGUCUUUUAGGUAGUUUGUCCGCCGGGAUGGGCCGUCCUGCCGCUGUAACGGUCGUAUGAGUGAUUUGUCUUGUCUGUAUGAUGAUGACUUGUAAUUAUUAAUUGAUUUAAUUAGGGGAAUUGUGAGUUUCUGA